AGUUGCAGAAGCUGUUUAGCGAGGCGUGCUCAUUAGCACAGGUCCGUCAAGUAGGUUCAAAUGAGUUGAAGCAUCUGUUGGCAACCUUUGUGGCGUGGGAAGAGGCUCUUCGCAAAGUGAAGGACGAGCUUAAGCGCCGCACUUCAGAAGAGAAGAAGUGGAAGGCGGCAGCACUGGAGCUAGCUCCAGCUGGCCAAUGGUGGAACUUGGCGGCCAACCGCAAGCACGUCGAAGCGUGGGAAGCGGCCCUCAAGAACCGCAAGGGUCAGUUUGAGGAGUGUCUCCAGGAGAUGUACGAUUCUGUCCUGGAGGAGUUCAACGCCGGUGCUGACAUGAUCAAAUACAAGUGCACCUUGUCCGCAAGGAGCAUUCCGGUGUUCGUCGCACAGAAGAAGCUGAUCGACAAGCAGCUAGAGGAUCUGCAGUUCUGGAUUCGUCAAAUGCAGCGCGAUGAGGCGCGCUACCUGCGGCAGAAGCAGACUGAGGCUGCCAAGCGGAAGCAUGGUGUGGCAUUGGGGGAGGAUGAAACCCCAGUUGAGAAGAGGAUGCGCGCGGUUCGCGAGUUUAGGGGAAAAGCAGGCAAGGGGCAGCUGGACAUUGGUCUGGGUGAAGUGUUGUCCCUCCUCCCAUAG